AUGGUCGCUCAACCUCGCCUCAAGCUCUGUCUUAUUGGCCUGGGCCGUCUCGGUGCUCGUCGGGCUACGAAUCUAGCCUUUGAGCAACCGCGCAUCGAGCUUGUGGCCGUAUGCGACACCAAACCUGGUGCCAACGAGUGGGCUGCAGCCAACCUUCCGCCCUCUGUCAAGUUCUUCUCGGAUCCGGAGGACUGCAUGAAGAAUAGCGGUGCGCAGGCUGUCUUGAUUUCCACUGCGACUGCAACCCACGCUGCCUUGAUUUGUCUUGCCCUCGAUUUGGAACUGCACGUCAUGUGCGAGAAGCCAAUCUCAGUGGAUAUCAUCACUACCGAGGAGGUCGUGGCCAAGUCUGCUUCUAAGCCUCACCUCAAGUUCUUGCUCCCAUUCUCGCGCCGCUAUGAUGAGUCUUACCGUGCCACAAAGCACAUGGUCAAAAGCGGCCUGCUGGGAGACAUUCAUGCUGUCGAGGCCUCGUGCCUUGAUCCGCAGGACAAGGAUGGUUUCUACGUCGCAUUCUCCCAGCAAUCAGGUGGCAUAUUCGUCGAUGCCGGUAUUCACAUUAUCGAUGUUGGCCGGUACUUCCUCGACGUCGAGAAGAACAUUCCAAACCCCAAGAAGCAAGUCAACCGCGUGAUCGCAUUCGGCCAGCAAGCUGUUUACAGCGAGCUUGCUAAAUUCGGCGAUGCCGACAAGGCCUGGGGACUGGUCGAGUUCGCCAACGGUAAGAUUCUCCAGGCUCGCCUGAGCCGCACCAUCACCAACGGGUUCGAAGCCUCCACCCGCGUGUGCGGCACCAAGGGUCACUCCGUAAUUAACGGCAACUCAACUCUGAACCGAGUCGAGAUUCGGGACGAGUACGGGGUCCGCACGACCUCGACUCCUGACGCCUUUGCUCUCUACGACAAGACGUUUAUCAACGACAUCGCAGAGUUCGCCGCCGCUGUGCUUGAUGACAGUCCUUUGUCCUGUUCGCCUGAUGAUGCUUACGAGGCGGGAAAGAUCGCAUGCGCUUUGCAGCACUCGUUCCGUCUUGGCGAGCCCGUGUAUUUCGACGAGUCGGGUCAGCCAUUGCUGAAGCCUCUGCCUUCCAAAUAG